GUGGGCAUGCGCGCUCUGCGGAGGUCGUCGUUAUCCUCUUAUCCUCAUCCACAAAAACAUUUUUUUUUUAAUUACCCUCCGGUGGAUUUCUGUUUUGCACAUCCUGCAGGAGAAGAUGUCCUCCUGCGUCCUCUACACUGCACUUUUCACCCUUCCUUUUGCACUGGGUUGGGAAUUACUAGGUGACCGAGAAAAAGUCCAGACUGUUUGCGUCGGGAAGGAGUUUCGUCUACCGGUGGACUCAACGUCGCGAAUCGUGACUUUUACGCCGUAUCCCGAGGGGCCGAAACGCAUCCUGCUGGAGAAAACCACUGUUAAGGACCCACGGUUUGAGUGGACCAAAGAUAAGUCGUUAGUCCUGAAAGAAGUGAGUCAUGCUGACCAGGGACUUUAUGCCAACAAGCUGUCCGUGGGAUUCACCUACGAGACUGUCCGUCUGAUCGUUUCAGAAUGCAUUAAACCCUACCGCAGAAACUAUGGGGAGACCUUUGAGCACAGCAUCCCCGAAAAUGGCUCCUUGUUGGAGUUCUCUCACCGGGGCGCUCCGCCUGAGGCUGUGCCGGUUGUGCUUUGGAACCGGACAGACCCCGAAACCGGUGACGCUGGACGGGGGCGGCUACUAAGAGGGGGGAAGGUCUGGGUGGCGGAGAGAGUGACGCAAGCAGACCAAGGCAACUACACCAUGAGAGACGACAACGGGAAGGUGCUGGGUCGUAGCACCCUCACCGUCCGUGGGCAUUCCUUCAACAUCACACGCUUUACCAAAGAGUCCAUAAUCCUGCCUCUAUUUCUUCCUCUUCCUCAUGCCCAUCUCAUUUUUACCCCUGGCCAAUUUCCUGAUGAAUCCUCCCUGGGCCCCUUUGACCCCAAACCCCCGCGUGGCCCUGUGCAGCUCAUCCGUGAGGGGCAGAUAACGGACCAUGACCUGCGCUACAGGGGUAUCAUCUCACUGAGUAGGAACGGCUCCAUCUACGAGGUGGUCAUUGCAAGGCUGACCUCAAGGCAUGAUGGGCUGUAUGAAGUCAAAGACAGGAAUGGCAACCUGGUAUCCUCCACCUACUUGCACGUGAUUGACAAAAGGGGAGGGAGUUGGCGAGCACUCCUCAAGUCCGUCACUGUCCCUUCUGGCAUGUUCGUGUCCCUGGCUGGUUUCAUCCUGUUCAUGAAACGCUACCCAAACUGUAGCCUCUCCCAGAUCAUCACCUGCUUUAGAACACACCGCACGCCGCCAGCCAACCCCCCGAGGGUCAACAUCCAGCACUACAGUCACCCCUCUCCUCAGCCCUCAGGCCACUACAGCUACUCUCAGCAGCCUGAAACACCAAGAAAAUGGACCCCAAGAGCCAGUCCUGUUCACACUGGUUACGUUCCGGUAAUGGUAGGGUCUCCGAGAGCCGAGAACCAGGAUGCCCACAGAGCGACAGCUGGGAGUUCUCCUAGUCAUAACUUAACUGUUGAGGAGGCUAAAUCGAAUGAGGAAGAGGACAGGAUUUCCUUCCCUGUGCCCGGAGCUUCAGACUGCCUCCACUCAUCCGAGGACUGCGUUCAGUUCCAAAUCAAAAAGGACGGAGAUAAGGGAAGGGGGAACAAAUCCCAUGACUUCUUUUCCACGCUGCCACUAGACACGGACACCUCUGAAUCCUUCAGUGUUUACACGUCAAAGAAUCUGAACUUUUCAUAAAACAGAGAACUGGAUCGGAGAUAAGGGAAGAAGGAUUAUUCAGCAUGGAGAAAUCACACAAAUGGUGACGUUAUGCUCCUGACAGAGAAGAAAAACCUUGCCUGUGCCUUAUGCACGGUUUUAAUAGUUUGCUUUGUAAUUUUUCUGAAGCAUGAGUUGAGCAUAAUCCUUCCUGUCUCAUAUUGCACUGCCUGAUGGUGCUCCUGAAAUCUCCUGCCGUUACCUACCUCCGGACCCUCAGGACCAAUAUGAUCUGCACUGCUCCUGUGUUUAAGACGGUCUCUAGGGCUACCCACCAGUUGUUGUGGUAACGUUUGAAAAAGCUCAUUUUUAAAUACUGUACAGCAAUAUUGACUUAAGUUCUCACCCAUCAUGUUGUCCAUAUUUAAUUAUUAUUCUAAAUAGCUUGUCUGCAUUUCUAACGAUUUAUGCAGUGUAUUAAAUCUUUGGGGGUAAUUCUAGUUAUAAUAGUUAUGUGACAUGUUUCACCAAAUACUGCAAUUAAUCUGUGAAUUUUGUGUGCAGGAUAACCUUUUAUCCCCAAAGCUUGUAAUAUUUUCACAAUGUCAUAAUGUCAUCACUCAAAAAAUAAAAAAAGUGUCUUUAACAAACACAUUUUAGAUGAUGUCAUCUUUACACUGUAUGCAUGUUCGCCACCCAGGGGUGUGUCCUCUUUGCUUUGCUCUUCUCCCUCCAUGCAAAUGGCUGUUUCUCUAAAAACCUGUCAGUCAAAAUUGUGUUGUUUGAUGGGGGUCAUUGGUCUUAUCAAGGACACAGAUGUGGGGUUGAACAGCUGGCCCUGUUGUGUAGUCAGAUCAGCCUAGAGCUGAAUACGCUCAAACUGUAGCAGUAACAGUGCAGUUGAGGAGGAGUCACUCUCCAUUAUCCCCACCUGCCACAAUGUUCCAAGAUCUGAAGUGGUCACUCAGUAUAGACACUAUCAUCAAAAAGGCCGAGCAGAGGCCUGCACCAGCUCAGGAAGUUCAACCUGCCUCAGGAGGUGUUGAUCCAUUCGACUCUGCAUUAAUCCAGUCUGUUCUCUGCUCACUCAUCAUGGUAUUGUUUGCAGGACAAGAACAGACUACAAUGGACAGUGAAGUCUGCAGGAAAUACAAAUGUAGAGUCAGGGCACAAUCAGGCAAUAUCACUGCAUAUCCUCUGGUAGGCGCUACAGAGCACCGUAUGCCCAAACAAGCAGCCAUCUGUACAGUUCCUUUCCACAGGCCAUCACUCUGAUAAACAUUUAGGACACUCACAUGGUCUCUGUAUUUAAAAAAUCCACCAAACCUGCUGCUGAAUCAAAGCAUGCU